AUGGUGACGUGUAAUAUCCGAUACCAAGUUCGCCUUUUACGAGGACGGAUCUACCAGUCGAAUCGAUCGCAAAUCACCCGCAUGAUGAAGCAAGAAGAUUUUCUGAUCAUUCCGCCGAAGACAACCAAUAUUGGACUAGGAAGCUGUGACUGUGGCACGAACGUGCAUCCCAUCAGCCUGGAGACCCUUCGUGGGCUUUAUCAAACAUAUCAUGGGCUCGCCGCCAUCUACUAUCACCAUUUGUGGAAUGCGCAGUUUCCAUUUAUUGGAGCGGAGGUUAAAAAUCUCAAGGCUGGAUACAAAUCGCCAUUCGCGGAUUUUGACAAGAGGCUGAUAUGUCUCCUAAGCCACGAGUUCGGCUGCCACUGCAAGGCUAGUGCUUACCAAGGAGCUAUACUUCUCAAUAAGCACAACGCCCAUCCCAGGCACGAAUCCCAGGCCCCCGGCUUAGGGUCCGAGGUACACCAAGCCGAUCUGCAUUGUUCUCACAACGUGGAAGCUGCUUGGAGACGGGAGAAUCAAUCACAGCCACUAUAA